GUUCUUGAAGACUCCUAAUUUCUACACUGUUGAGGUCGGGUCUGUAGCUGUAUUGGAGUGCGCAAUUGAGGAUUUAGAAAACCGACGUGUUAUAUGGAGAAAAGCGUCAGAUCCAAACCCGUUGACGGUGGGCCGUGAGUCCUUCUACAAUAACGACAGGUAUCUGGUUGAACACGAGCCAGGAGAGGAUACAUGGAACCUCAUUAUACAGCAGGUGCGGCUGUCUGAUGCGGGCGUUUACGAGUGCCAAGUCAGCUCCCGGCUUCGACAUUUGAGGCAGCACGUGCUGUUGACAGUCAAAGGUAUUGAUUGGGUUGAUAUGUUACUUUCGAGUUUACUUUAG